AUGAGAAGCGAUGUGCUCUACCUCGAAAUCCUCGGACAUCCUCUCAUUGUCUUGGGGAGCACGACAGCAAUUUCCGACCUCCUUGAGAAGCGCUCUUCCACAACCGCAGACCGCAUUCAGGAUGUCAUGGUAGAGCUGCGCAAACAUCAACAUGACGUUUAUGCCCUACGGCCCGUGGUGGAGACGCCACCGCCGCGCUUUGCCCCGUAUUUCGAUCGCGACACAAGCUUGGAGUACCGUUCGGUUCAGGAAACGGCUGCGCACGUCUUCCUCGACAAAGUUUUGACGAACCCCGGCAACCUGAAGGCCCACAUUCGCUAUACCGUCGUCGGCUCCAUCAUGAAGGUUACAUACGGCCUGGACGCUCAGGAGGAAGGAGAUCCGUACAUGGCUCUGGUCGAAUCGUCGAUGGAAGGCAUUGGUCAGGGCUGGUCCGGUAUCGUCCGUCCGUCCGCGAUUCCGUCGUGCUCGCUGCUUUCAACCAGCGCAGACACUUCGGAGCACCGCCAGACGAAGAAGAGGUCAUCAAGAACGUCGGAGCUGUCGCGUUGGAAGGAGGGUCAGAAACAACCUUCGGCUCCCUCCUCGGCGGGCUCAUCGCCCUCUCCCUGCACCCCGCCGCGCUCCGCGCCGCCCAGGCGAGCUCGACGCCGUAGUCGGCCCCUCCCGCCUCCCUCCUUCGCCGACAAAGACGCGCUUGUCUACGUCCAAGCCGUCGUGCUCGAGAGCCUCCGCUACCACAACAUCGCCCCGCUCGGCGCGCCGCACCGCACGACCGCGGACGACGUCUUCCGCGGCCACUUCAUCCCCAAAGGCACCGUCGUCCUCGCGAACGUGUGGGCAUGCAUGCACGACCCCGCCGUGUUCCCCGACCCCGACGUCUUCAACCCGGCGCGCUUCGUCCGCAACGGCGCGCUCGACCCCGGCCCCUGCGACCCCGCGAGCCUCGCGUUCGGAUUCGGGCGGAGAGCCUGCCCGGGGAGCCACUAUGCGAUGGACGCGCUCUUCAUCAACCUCGCGUCGUUCAUGCACGUCUUCGACAUCGGGCCGCCGUCGACGCCGCCGGACGGCCGGAUCACGCCGCGCUCCGAGGAUGCAGAAGGGCUUAUUCGAGCAUAUGCGAGCGCCGCGCGGACGGCGAGAGAUGCUGAAAGCGCGAGCUAG